ACGACAACUGCUCCAAUCACAACGACAACUGUUCCAACAACAACCACAACUGCUCCAACUACAACCACAACUGCACCAACAACAACCACAAGUGCUCCAACUACAACCACAACUGCUCCAACAACAACCACAACUGUUCCAACAACAACCACAACUGCACCAACAACAACCACAACUGCUCCAACAACAUCCACAAGUGCUCCAACAACAACUGCUCCAACAACGACCACAAGUGCUCCAACGACAACUGCUCCAAGCACGACUACAACUGUUGCACCCACAACCACAACUGCACCAACAACAACCACAAGUGCUCCAACUACAACCACAACUGCUCCAACUACAACCACAACUGCACCAACAACAACCACAACUGUUCCAACCACAACCACAACUGCUCCAACAACAACAACUGCUCCAACUACAACCACAACUGCUCCAACUACAACCACAACUGCACCAAUAACAACCACAACUGUUCCAACAACAACCACAACUGCACCAACAACAACCACAACUGCUCCAACAACCACAACUGCUCCAACUACAACCACAACUGCUCCAACUACAACCACAACUGCACCAAUAACAACCACAACUGUUCCAACAACAACCACAACUGCACCAACAACGACCACAAGUGCUCCAACAACGACCACAACUGCACCAACAACGACCACAACUGCACCAACAACAACCACAAGUGCUCCAUCAACGACCACAAGUGCUCCAACAACAACCACAACUGCACCAACAACAACCACAACUGUUCCAACCACAACCACAACUGCUCCAACAACCACAACUGCUCCAACUACAACCACAACUGCCCCAACAACAACCACAAGUGCUCCAACAACGACCACAAGUGCUCCAACAACGACCACAACUGCACCAACAACGACCACAACUGCACCAACAACAACCACAAGUGCUCCAUCAACAACCACAAGUGCUCCAACAACAACCACAACUGCACCAACAACAACCACAACUGUUCCAACCACAACCACAACUGCUCCAACAACCACAACUGCUCCAACUACAACCACAACUGCUCCAACUACAACCACAACUGCACCAAUAACAACCACAACUGUUCCAACAACAACCACAACUGCUCCAACUACAACGACAACUGCUCCAACUACAACCACAACUGCACCAACAACGACCACAACUGUUCCAACCACAACCACAACUGCUCCAACAACCACAACUGCUCCAACUACAACCACAACUGCACCAAUAACAACCACAACUGUUCCAACAACAACCGCAACUGCUCCAACAUCCACAACUGCUCCAACUACAACCACAACUGCUCCAACUACAACCACAACUGCCCCAACAACAACCACAACUGCCCCAACAACAACCACAACUGCUCCAACAACGACCACAAGUGCUGCAACAACGACCACAACUACACCAACAACGACCACAACUGCACCAACAACGACCACAAGUGCUCCAACUACAACCACAACUGCUCCAACUACAACCACAACUGCACCAACAACAACCACAACUGUUCCAACCACAACCACAACUGCUCCAACAACCACAACUGCUCCAACUACAACCACAACUGCUCCAACUACAACCACUACUGCACCAAUAACAACCACAACUGUUCCAACAACAACCACAACUGCUCCAACUACAACCACAACUGCUCCAACUACAACCACAACUGCACCAACAACGACCACAACUGUUCCAACCACAACCACAACUGCUCCAACAACCACAACUGCUCCAACUACAACCACAACUGCACCAAUAACAACCACAACUGUUCCAACAACAACCGCAACUGCUCCAACAUCCACAACUGCUCCAACUACAACCACAACUGCUCCAACUACAACCACAACUGCCCCAACAACAACCACAACUGCCCCAACAACAACCACAACUGCUCCAACAACGACCACAAGUGCUCCAACAACGACCACAACUACACCAACAACGACCACAACUGCACCAACAACGACCACAAGUGCUCCAACUACAACCACAACUGCUCCAACUACAACCACAACUGCACCAACAACAACCACAACUGUUCCAACCACAACCACAACUGCUCCAACAACCACAACUGCUCCAACUACAACCACAACUGCUCCAACUACAACCACUACUGCACCAAUAACAACCACAACUGUUCCAACAACAACCACAACUGCUCCAACUACAACCACAACUGCUCCAACUACAACCACAACUGCACCAACAACGACCACAACUGUUCCAACCACAACCACAACUGCUCCAACAACCACAACUGCUCCAACUACAACCACAACUGCUCCAACUACAACCACAACUGCACCAAUAACAACCACAACUGUUCCAACAACAACCACAACUGUACCAACAACAACCACAACUGCUCCAACUACAACCACAACUGCACCAACAACAACCACAACUGUUUCAACCACAACCACAACUGCUCCAACUACAACCACAACUGCUCCAACAACAACCACAACUGCACCAACAACAACCACAACUGCUCCAACAACAUCCACAAGUGCUCCAACAACAUCUGCUCCAACAACGACCACAAGUGCUCCAACAACGACAACUGCUCCAAUCACGACUACAACUGUUGCACCCACAACCACAACUGCACCAACAACAACCACAAGUGCUCCAACUACAACCACAACUGCUCCAACUACAACCACAGCUGCACCAACAACAACCACAACUCUUCCAACCACAACCACAACUACUCCAACAACCACAACUGCUCCAACUACAACCACAAGUGCUCCAACUACAACCACAACUGCACCAAUAACAACCACAACUGUUCCAACAAUAACCACAACUGCACCAACAACAACGACAAGUGCUCCAACUACAACCACAACUGCUCCAACAAUAACCACAACUGCCCCAACAACAACCACAAGUGCUCCAACAACGACCACAAGUGCUCCAACAACGACCACAACUGCACCAACAACGACCACAACUGCACCAACAACAACCACAAGUGCUCCAACAACAACCACAACUGCCCCAACAACAACCACAAGUGCUCCAACAACGACCACAAGUGCUCCAACAACAACCACAACUGCACCAACAACGACCACAACUGCACCAACAACAACCACAACUGCUCCAUCAACGACCACAAGUGCUCCAACAACAACCACAACUGCACCAACAACAACCACAACUGCUCCAACUACAACCACAACUGCACCAACAACAACCACAACUGUUUCAACCACAACCACAACUGCUCCAACUACAACCACAACUGCUCCAACAACAACCACAACUGCACCAACAACAACCACAACUGCUCCAACAACAUCCACAAGUUCUCCAACAACAACUGCUCCAACAACGACCACAAGUGCUCCAACGACAACUGCUCCAAUCACGACUACAACCGUUGCACCCACAACCACAACUGCACCAACAACAUCCACAAGUGCUCCAACCACAACCACAACUGCUCCAACUACAACCACAACUGCACCAACAACAACCACAACUCUUCCAACAACAACCACAACUGCACCAACAACAACCACAAGUGCUCCAACUACAACCACAACUGCUCCAACAACAACCACAACUGCCCCAACAACAACCACAAGUGCUCCAACAACGACCACAAGUGCUCCAACAACGACCACAACUGCACCAACAACGACCACAACUGCACCAACAACAACCACAAGUGCUCCAACAACAACCACAAGUGCUCCAACAACAACCACAACUGCCCCAACAACAACCACAAGUGCUCCAACAACGACCACAAGUGCUCCAACAACAACCACAACUGCACCAACAACGACCACAACUGCACCAACAACAACCACAACUGCUCCAUCAACGACCACAAGUCCUCCAACAACAACCACAACUGCAUCAACAACAACCACAAGUGCUCCAACAACGACAACUGCUCCAAUCACAACUACAAUUGUUCCAACAAGAACCACAACUGCUCCAACUACAACCACAACUGCACCAACAACAACCACAAGUGCUCCAACUACAACCACAAGUGCUCCAACAACAACCACAACUGUUCCAACAACAACCACAACUGCACCAACAACAACCACAACUGCUCCAACAACAUCCACAAGUGCUCCAACAACAACUGCUCCAACAACGACCACAAGUGCUCCAACGACAACUGCUCCAAUCACGACUACAACUGUUGCACCCACAACCACAACUGCACCAACAACAACCACAAGUGCUCCAACUACAACCACAACUGCUCCAACUACAACCACAACUGCACCAACAACAACCACAACUGUUCCAACCACAACCACAACUGCUCCAACAACCACAACUGCUCCAACUACAACCACAACUGCUCCAACUACAACCACAACUGCACCAAUAACAACCACAACUGUUCCAACAACAACCACAACUGCACCAACAACAACCACGAGUGGUCCAACUACAACCACAACUGCACCAACAACAACCACAAGUGCUCCAACAACAACCACAACUGCACCAACAACAACCACAACUGCACCAACAACAACCACAAGUGCACCAACAACAACCACAAGUGCACCAACAACAACCACAAGUGCUCCAACAACGACCACAAGUGCUCCAAGAACAACCACAACUGCACCAACAACAACCACCAGUGCAACAACAACAACCACAACUGCACCAACAACAACCACAACUGCUGCAACAACAUCCACAAGUGCUCCAACAACGGCAACUGCUCCAGUCACAACUACAACUGUUCCAACCACAACCACAACUGCUCCAACAACAACCACAAGUGCUCCAACAACGACCACAAGUGCUCCAACAACAACCACAACUCCUCCAACAACAUCCACAGCUACACCACCAACAACCACAACUGUUCCAACAACAAUCACAACGGCACCAACAACAACCACAACUGCUCCAAUAAUGACCACAAGUGCUCCAACAACAAGCACAACGGCUCCAACAACAACCACAAGUGCUCCAAUAAUGACCACAAGUGCACCCACAACAACCACAACUGUUCCAACAACAUCCACAAUUGCUCCAACAACAACAAAUGCUCCAACAACAACCACAAGUGCUCCAACAACAACAACUGUUCCAACUACAACCACAACUGCUCCAACAACAAUGACAACUGUUCCAACAACAACCACAAGUGCACCCACAACAACCACAACUGUUCCAACAACAACCACAACUGCACCAACAACAAGCACAACUGCUCCAACAACAACGACGAGUGCACCAGCAACAACUUCAACUGCUCCAACAACACCACGUGCUCCAACAACAACAACAACAAAUGUUCCAACAACCACAACUGUUCCAACAACAACCACAAGUGCUCCAACAACAUCCACAACUGUUCCAACAACAACCACAAGUGCUCCAACAACGACCACAAGUGCUCCAACAACAACCACAACUGUUCAAACCACAACCACAACUGCACCAACGACCACAAGUCCCCCAUCAACAACUAUAAGUGCGCCAACAACGACAACUGCACCACUAACAACAGCAGCUGCUCCAACAACAAGUGCUCCAAUAACUCCAACUGCUCCAACAACGACCACAGCCUCUCCAAUCACAACUACAACUGUUCAAACCACAACUGCACCAACAUCAACCACAACUGCUCCAACAACAGCUACACCUGCUCCAACAACAAUCACAACUGCUCCAACAACGACCACAAGUGCUCCAACAACAACCACAACUGUUCCAACAACAACCACAACAGCACCAACAACAACCACAACUGCUCCAAUAAUGACCACAAGUGCUCCAACAACAACCACAAUGGCACCAACAACAACCACAAGUGCUCCAAUAAUGACCACAAGUGCUCCAACGACGACAACUGCUCCCAUCACAACUGCAACUGUUCAACAAACAACCAUAACUGCACCAACAACAACCACAACUGCACCAACAACAACCACAACUGUUCCAACAACAUCCACAACUGCACCAACAACAACCACAACUGCUCCAACAACAUCCACAAGUGCUCCAACAACAACAACUGUUACAACCACAACCACUACUGCUCCAACAACAACAACAACAACAACAACAGUUGCACCCUCAACAACUGCAGCUGCUGAACCGACUUAUGUCGUCCGAUGUGUCUUAAGUGAUACCCCAUUUUCAGCUGAUCUCAACGACCCUUCCAGCAGCGCUUCCAUGGACGUUCGAGGACGUCUUAUACCCACAUUGCUUUUCAUCUAUCGUGGACGAUUUGGUGUCCUCAUUGUUCGCGUCUUUAUUGUUCAAUUCCGUCUACUUCCAGCACGAACGAACAGAACUGAAGUAGAUGUGGGGGUUGUAUUCCAACGAAACACAACAACUCUCCCAUCAAAUGCAGUUGUUGGUCAAACCUUGGUAGACGCUGUUAGUAACACCACCAAUAACUUCAACAUUACAAUAGAUGGUACAGCAGUAUCGAUACAAGAUUCACCCGUAACUGAUAAUACCACGACCACUGCACCUACAAUUGCCAAUGCAACAACUGCCGCACCUGUGACCACUGCACCUACAACUACUACAUCUGUGACCACUGCACCUACAACUGCUGCCACAACAAAACACAAAAUCAGCUUAAGCACUACAUUCCUCCUGGUGCUGCUGUCUUGGCUUCUGACAAAUCAACUGCAGCAUACUUGGUGAUUUCAAUUUGAAUAAUGUCUAGAAUCUAUCUAUCUAUCUAUUUAUCUAUCUAUCUAUCUGUUAUACUUUGCACUAAUCACCAUGGUUUCUCCCCUCUAUGUCUCUGGCAAACCAGGUUUAUAAACGUUGAGAAACCAAACUGACCUGUGAGCUCUCAGGUCAUCAUUCAUUUGUGUCUUAAAUUAUCUAUUUGUUCACUUAAGCUUCAUGUAUUUUUUUGUUGUUAGUAUAACUGCUUCAUGUCAGUAGAGUGACUUCAAGAUAGCUCAGCAUGAUUUCUGAGAGGGCUGCAAGAGGUAUCAGAAGCCGCAGGCCUGUUGUAGAAUUUUUGUCUUUCAAAGAGUGGACUCAGCAUUUUUCAAAAUGCCAUCUAAAAUUGCUCACAAGGUUAAACCUUUAAAUUAUGUAUACAGUCCAAUAAAAAUGAAUUACUGACUGUACAAGCUGUUACAUUUGUGCUUUUCCUUUAAGAAUCUGGAUGAACUCUAUUAUUUUCUCCAUUGUAUGUGCUAGUAAAUGUUGCAGUAACUUUCCAACAACAAAAGUCAUCCUGGAAAUGAAAUAUAUAGUAUGCUGCAAUAUCAAUUUUAUAUCUAUACAAGACGCAUUUAUGUUUGUCCUCGUAGUUUGUGAAGGUUAUGCAACUUCACAAUGAUUAAAAAAAAAAAAAUCAGGGAAUAAUUCAGCUUGUCCCUUGUGCUGUUGUGCAACUUUGAUGGCUAAAAAGAAAGUCGACCAGAGCAUAUUUAAGGUCAGGAGUGUAAAUGAAAACAUCAGUGACAUUUACAGACAAUCGGCCCCUGCAUUCAACUGUCAUAAAAAAAUUUUUACAUUCUGAUAGUGUCAGCCUUUGUCAUGUCUGUCAAUCAGCUUGUUUAGACAUAAAGGGUAGGGAGUGGCCACCAGUUUAUUUUGGCCAACUCUCCUGUGUUAGAGUUGAUAAACCUGAUGAACUGAACUGAGACAUUGUUCAAAAUUCUCUCAUAAAACUGAAGACACUCCAGUCAGUGUGAUUCACACCUACACAGGGUUUUUUUUUAGGGCACUGAGACACGUAAAACCCUACAAAGCAGCAGAACCUAGAAUACUGAUGGCCUGUGCUGAGCAGCUAACAAGUGUGUACGCACAACUGUACAUAUUUUUAGUACCUCUUUCACAAAGGUAACAGUCCCACAAUUGUUUCAGUUAAUUAUAAGCAACAUUGCUGACUUUAUUAAUUGGUUCAAGUGAUGACAUUCUUUCAUGCACACAUAGGUCACUUUUAUGUUGUUAGCCCUCACAGCUUCAUUCAGACAUACCCACCACACUGACAGUGAAAGCACAAGUACGCACACGCUGUUUAUCAUCCCGUGGGGUUGGACAGUACAUCAAGUUAUGUAUAAUAUAUAAUAAUGCGCCAAUGAACAAAAGACUAAAUCCAAACUAAUAACAAGCUUAUCAAACUGUCUAAUUAGCUAAUAGCUUAGCUUAUCUAUGAUUUGUUAAUCACUAAAAAUAUUGAUGAUGGCUCUUGUGCAACAAAUAAUUGAACAGCAGCUAAUAAAAUGUGCUUCUGUGUAACAUACAAGGAAAUACAUGUUGUGAUUUGCUGUCAGAUCCAGAUUGAUGCUGUGCCUAUGUCAAGGUUAAUUUAAUAAUUAUAAUAAUAAUGAUGAUAAGAAAUUAAUGAAGUUAUGCCAGGUGUGCCAUGCUCAUAAAUGCAUGCAACAUUCUA